AUGAAAACUGGAAUAAAUAAUUAAAAUAAGGAACUUUUUGAGUCCUUUAAACUAGGCAAUACAAAUAUGAAAAAUAGGUUUGUUGUGCCUUCAAUUAACAGAUGCAGAGCAAAUAAAUUAAAUAAUAUGCCUGUUGACUUAAUGGGAUAUUUUUAUAUGUAAAGGUAUCAUAAUGCUCUAAUUAUCACAGAUGAUUGUUAUGUGAAUGCAGACUAUUUUCCAUUUAAAGGGUUAGCUGGAAUUUAUAAUGAGUAAUAAACAAAUGCAUGGCUAGAAGUAGUUGAUAAAGUUCAUAGUAGAACUACAAAUAUAUAUUUGUCGUUAUUUCAUCCUGGGAGAGUAGUUAGUGAUUCAUAAUUACCAUAAGGAGUAUCUGCUCUUGCACCAUCUCAGAUUUAGAUUGAGGGAAAAAACAUGUUUUGUAAAGAUGAAUUGUUUUCAGUCCCUUCCGAAAUGACAAAAGAAGAUAUAAAUAGAAUUAAAUUAGAUUUUAAGAAAGCAGCUUUAAAUGCAAAAUAAGCAGGAUUUGAUGGAAUAUAAAUUAAUGCAGGAAACGGUUUUUUAAUUGAUCAAUUUCUUAGAGAUGGCUCUAAUAACAGAAAGGAUGAGUAUGGUGGAUCAAUUCAAAAUAGAUGCAGAUUUUGUUUGGAAAUUAUUGAUGAGAUUCUCACUGUUUAUAGUAACGAUAGAUUAUCUAUUAAGUUAUCUCCAAUAAAUAAAUAAUACAGUAUGAGUGAUUCCAAUCCUAUUGAGCUUAUGGCAUAUCUACUAAAAGAAAUUGAAAAGAGAAAAUUAGCUUUUGUAGAAAUUAAAAAAGUAGGUUAUUUAGAUAUAAUUCCUACGUAACAAAAAUAAACAGAAAUAGAAUUUAGUAAAUAUAAUCUUGAAGACCCUAUGCCAGAAUUUUUUAAAAUCAUAAAGUCAUUUUAUAACGGUAAUAUGAUAGCAAAUAGUGAUUUUCAAAGUUUUGAAGAGGCAAAUAGUUUAGUUAGAGAUAUAGGUUACUAAGCAGUUGCUUUUGAAGUUCUAUCUAUUACUAACCCUGAUAUUCCUUAAAGAAUUAAAGAGAGAGGCAAUAUAAAUAAAAACUUAAGAUCAGUCUUCUUGUAUAAUGGAGAUAGGAACGGAUACACAGAUUAUCCAUAUUACAUUGCACAUUCUAAAUUUUGA